UCCGAAUUCAACUCCGUAGAAUUGCUGCGAUUACAAGCAAAAUUCGUCUCUCCACAUACAGUCAUAUUCAUCCACUCCAAUUUUCUAUCUAAAAAAAGUUCAAUUUUGUAUCUCCAGCAUUAAUUCAAGUUAAUUUCGAGGAAAGAAAUUGAAGGCUUUUUUUAUUCGACGAUUCCGAAGACUUUAAGUUGAAGGUAUGAUAUAAAGCUGGGAGAUUUGUGUAUGAGACAUGGGUGAUAAGUUAAGAUCAAAAGAAAGGAAAUUCACGGAUGUUAGUUCUAACAAUGGCGAGGCAGUAUCGAAAAUGCCCACCACAUUGUUGGAUAAAGCUAACAGGAAUUUAGCAGGGAUCUUUGCCUGUGCUCUUCUUGUUUUCGAUGCCGUUUUCGUAUUCAUUAUCAUUGCUUAUGUCCCAUAUACAAAGAUAGAUUGGGAUGCUUAUAUGUCACAGGUAUCUAUGUUUCUUAAUGGAGAGAGAGAUUAUGGUAACAUAGAGGGUGACACUGGGCCUCUUGUCUAUCCAGCUGGGUUUCUAUAUGUAUAUUCAGCUAUUCAGUAUAUUACUGGAGGACUAGUACAUCCUGCUCAGAUUUUAUUUGGUGCUCUGUACAUUAUUAACCUCGCAAUUGUGUUUUUCAUCUAUAUCAAGACAGAUGUGCUUCCUUGGUGGGCUCUUAGCUUGCUUUGUUUGUCGAAGAGGGUGCAUUCCAUAUUUGUACUUCGUCUAUUCAAUGACUGCAUUGCUACAACACUUCUUCAUGCUGCACUUGCAACUCUUCUUUGUCAGAAGUGGUGUUUGGGGUUGAUAAUUUUCAGCUUCGCUGUCUCAAUAAAGAUGAAUGUGCUCCUGUAUGCCCCUUCCUUACUACUAAUUAUGCUGAAGGCUAUGGAUAUCAGUGGAACGAUAGUAGCUCUUGGAGGAGCUGCAAUAGUUCAGAUCCUGCUUGGUUUACCUUUCUUAGUAACAUAUCCAGUAGCCUACAUAUCGGGAGCCUUCAAUCUUGGACGGGUUUUCAUCCACUUUUGGUCUGUUAACUUCAAAUUUGUUCCAGAACCCAUCUUUGUUUCAAAGAGAUUUGCGGUAUCAUUGUUGAUUAUACAUCUAGGACUCCUAGCUACUUUUGCUCACAAGAAGUGGUGCAAGCACGAGGGUGGACUUUUUAAAGUAUUGCGUUCGGUAUACAUUUCUACUGUAAGUUGCUUCCCUCUUCAGCGACUUUAUGCAUAUGGCUCCACCUCAAAAACACUGAAUGAAGAACAUAUUGUAACUACCAUGUUUGUUGGAAACUUCAUCGGUAUUGUUUGUGCCCGUUCACUACAUUAUCAGUUCUACUCCUGGUACUUCUUCAGCUUGCCGUAUUUGUUGUGGAAGACGCCUUUCCCUACGUGGAUGCGCAUAGCAUUAUUUGUGGCAGUUGAAUGUUGUUGGAACAUUUAUCCGUCAAACAACUACUCAUCCGCUAUACUUCUGUGCAUCCACUUGAUGAUACUAUGGGGACUCUGGAUUGCCCCUCCCAAAUACCCGUAUAUAGAUGACAAAUUGUCAGCUAAACAGAAGGAGAAAUGAAUCCAUAAUACAUAAAUAACCCAUAUUUAGACUUUGCUUCCUGAUUUAGGUACCAUUUUAUGAUGGUGCACUCUUAGAUGUGGAGAAAAGAGUAACAUUUAGACUAUGCAGAAUUGAAGUUCUUAUCACAUUACUUGUACUCUUAGGCAUGAACUAUGUAACAUUAUGGAGUAGGGCUUUCUUGUUCCUCUUUGUAUGGAUCUGCUGAAGUUGCAAUAGGCAAUUAGCAAAUUGAUCAUUUUGUAUACCCAUUUGAUACUUGUUUAUAAUAGUUGCAACAUUGGUUAAUCUGGAA